UCCCGCUGGCGAUCCCAGCGCGCCGACAGCGCGGCUUGAGGCGCCGCCCGCCCGGCCGGCCGCUGGCUCCGGACCUCACCGCUUCAAACGGCGGGCCCGGCUCCCGGUGUUGUGGCGGCGGCCGGCGCUGGCAGAUCACCCAGAAGACACAAUGAGUGUUAAAGCUUUCAAGCUCGUUUCUGCUGUUGAGCGGGAGAUGUUAAUGGGAGACAAAAAUUACAUCAACAUCGAAUGCAUUGAGUGUUGUGGAAAGAACCUCUACAUUGGAACCAAUGACUGCUUUAUCUAUCGCUUUCUGUUGGAUGAAAAGACAUCAACAGCUGGAAAAAUAACUUUUGCUGCCACCAAGCAGCUACAUAAAUACCUGGGCUUGAAGAAGCCUGUGAGUGAGUUGAAAGCAGCCUCUGCCCUCACCAGGCUUCUUGUGCUUUGCGACAACACAAUAACACUAGUUAACAUGAUGAACCUGGAACCUGUCCCCACGGGCGCUCGAAUCAAAGGAGCUGUGACAUUCACAUUAAAUGAAAACCCUGUGAGUGGGGAUCCUUUCUGUGUCGAAGUCUGCAUUAUCUCAGUCAAGCGACGGACCAUCCAAAUGUUCAUGGUGUUUGAAGACAGAGUCCAGAUAGUGAAGGAAGUGUUUACUCCAGAGCAACCCUGUGCUGUGGCCGUAGAUGGUUAUUACUUGUGUCUAGCACUUACUACACAGUAUAUAAUUUUGAAUUAUAAUACUGGAGUCUCCCAGGAUCUGUUUCCUUAUUGCAGUGAUGAGAAACGGCCAAUUGUGAAAAGGAUAGGCAGACAAGAGUUUCUGUUGGCUGGCCCCGGAGGCCUAGGCAUGUUUGCAACUGUAGAUGGCAUUUCACAGCGUGCCCCUGUGCACUGGUCAGAGAACGUGAUUGGAGCAGCUUUGUGCUUUCCUUAUGUAGUUGCUCUUGAUGAUGAGUUCAUUACAGUGCACAGCAUGCUGGACCAGCAGCAAAAGCAAACCCUGCCUUUUAAAGAAGGUCACAUUCUACAGGACUUUGAAGGAAAGGUGAUUGUUGCUACUAAUAAGGGAGUGUAUAUCUUGGUGCCAUUACCUUUGGAAAAACAGAUUCAGGAUCUUCUAGCCAGCCACAGAGUGGAAGAAGCCCUUGUUCUAGCAAAAGGAGCUCGAAGGAAUAUUCCAAAAGAGAAAUUUCAGGUAAUGUACAAACGAAUCCUGCAGCAAGCAGGUUUUAUACAGUUUGCACAGCUUCAGUUCCUUGAAGCAAAAGAACUCUUCAGAAGCGGCCAGCUUGAUGUCCGGGAGCUGAUCUCUCUCUACCCCUUCCUGUUGCCUACUUCCUCUUCAUUUAUACGGUCUCAUCCCCCUCUGCAUGAGUAUGCGGACCUAAACCAGCUGACACAAGGGGACCAGGAGAAGAUGACAAAAUGCAAACGGUUCCUCAUGAGUUAUUUGAAUGAAGUCCGCAGCACUGAGGUGGCAAAUGGCUACAAGGAAGAUAUUGACACAGCUUUACUCAAGCUAUAUGCAGAGGCAAAUCAUGAGAGCCUGCUGGAUCUGCUAGUUUCGGAGAACUUUUGUCUUUUAACAGAUAGUGCUGCCUGGCUGGAAAAACACAAAAAGUAUUUUGCACUUGGUCUCCUGUAUCACUACAAUGGUCAGGAUGCUACAGCACUUCAGUUAUGGGUGAAAAUAGUUGAUGGAGACAUUGAAGACUCUACACGUUCAGAUCUGUAUGAAUAUAUAGUAGACUUCCUUACAUUCUGUUCAGACCAAGAUCUGGUGUGGAAGUACUCUGAGUGGGUUUUACAGAAAAAUGAAGAGGUUGGUGUGCAGAUUUUCACUAAAAGGCCUUUGGAAGAACAGGAGAAGAACAACAUUAAUCCAGAUGAUAUCAUCAGUUGCCUUAACAAAUACCCUAAAGCACGUGUUAAAUAUCUAGAAUAUCUGGUAGUGGAAAGGAAAAUAGAGAAGGAAAAGUACCAUACUCAUCUAGCUGUCUUGUACUUGGAGGCAAUACUUCAGCUAAAAUCUGUGACCACAGAUAAUUGUACAGAGGCAACUGAACUGCUGCUUAAACUACGCAGUCUUCUUCAGAAAUCUGAUCUUUAUAGAAUUCACUUCAUUUUGGACAAAAUCCAGGGCACAGACCUUCAUAUGGAAAGUGCAAUUUUAUAUGGAAAACUAGAAGAACACGAGAAGGCUUUGCAUAUCCUUGUCCAUGAGUUAAAGGACUAUCAUGCUGCUGAAGAAUACUGUAUAUGGAACUCUGAGAACAGAGACAUGCAGUACAGACGGAGGCUUUUCCAUAUGUUGUUGUCAGUGUAUCUAAAUCCAAGCACUUCAGAUUGUGCACUAGUCAUGGCUGCUGUGGACCUCUUGAAUAACCACGCUGCUGAAUUUGAUGCGAGUCUAGUUUUGCAGGUGGUGCCUGACAGCUGGUCAGUGCAGCUCCUCUCCCCAUUCCUGGCUGGAGCAGUGAGGCAAAGCAUUCAUACAAGAAGAAUGACUCAGGCUGCGCUUGGAUUAGCACAAGCUGAAAACUUAAUCUACAAAUACGAGAAGGUUAAACAAAGAGGAACUCCAAUUCUUCUUUCGGACAAAAAGAUGUAUAAACCCUGGGAUGUGCAUGGCCAAGUGAAGGAGAAAGAUUCUUCAGUGGUAAUUAGAGGAUUCCUUUGGGUAACUGACAGAGGUGGUCAGAUGGAAAGGCUGAAUUAAGCAAGUGCAGGAUGUUAAUGCAGAUACACAGGUGUGCUUAAAGAGCUAAGGAAUUUUACUUUAGGGAAGAAGUCUUACUUUGUUUUACCUCUUCCUGAUCGAAUCUGGGGUUUUACAGAUUUACAAUGGCUGUUACAGAUUUGAAAGGUCUUGCUCUGCCUCUGUUACAGCUGAAGCAAUCAUCUCUGAUUAAAGCAGACAGUUACAUGAGAGGUCUAAUUGGGGAUGUGUGCGUGGACAUCCUGGAGCAAUGCGAACAGAAGUACUCAGACACUUUGAGGGGAAGACUGCGAAACAGGGCUGGUGUUGACCUGGGAGCAUGGGCUGGUACUUGAGAAAAGUAAAAGGAUCAUAAGUGUUAUCAAUGCUGUGGUCAUCUCCUGGAUACCAACGGCAGGUUGUGCGCUGCAUACCUGGGGAGCUGGCAGGAUAAAAAUCUGACAGAGUAGGAGCUAUAGUGAAGAGCUCUUGUUUGAAGUUCAGGUCUAUGUUCACUUGGCAAGGUUUCUACAGCCCUACCAGGUCAAGUUUGUUUCUUUGGCUGAAGAAAAGGCUGUGGGCACAUUUGGGGGGUGCUCAGGACACUCCUACAAAGCAAAGCUUGGAGUGCAGCAUGAUGCUAAGAAGAAUGAAAAGUGUUACUGCAACAAGCAUUACUUCCUUAGCUCAGCCAGCAGGACAUGAAGCCUUGGAGAGCCCUGGUUUGCAUUUCUCCAACCAUCCAUGAAGUCGGUGGAGGAAAGGCAGCACAAAGUAUUGAGAAGGAAGGAAAAAAAAGCAACAGUUGUGGCUUUGGCACUGUGGGAUUUCAGUUAGUUUUGCCUCUAAACAGUGGUUAGAAAAUGGUCCAUGCUAAUCAUUCAGAUGGCAGCUCCUUCCAAGACAAAUAAUCAAUAAGACAUAGCUGAGUUUUGGCAGGAAUGAGCCCUGAAGGUCCAUUUCAUUACAGCAGCCGUAGCUGCAGGACAGCACAGGGUCAAAGAGGCCAGGGUUGCCAACAGAAAGCCAAUAGCUGAGCACAGUUGGUUUUCAGUAGGUAACAAGGCUGAUACUAAUAGUGCCUAAAAAUCCAAUAGCUGUCAUGAACAUUACCAUUGCCUGUAAUUGCCAAUAACCCUCUGAAGAUACUGCCUUUGUCAGUGUGGUACUUGCAUUGAGUAGGACAUGACCAUCCCAAUGUGUGUUAAAAUCCUUCUUUAGAAGAACUUAGGCUGGCUGGGUUCUCCAGAGACAGCAUUGUCCAAGCCCACCUUGAAGCAGGGUCAGCCUGUGUCAGGCUAGUUGUCUUGUUUUGGACAGUGCUGACAAGCUUGAAAUCAGAUUGGGAAUGUCUUCAGGUCAUCUCUUUGCCACAGGAAUGUACUGCUUAAGCAUCUACAAGACUGGGCAAAAAAGGUGCAUCUGUCUUGGAAAAAUUGUUCAUGUUUUUUUCUCAGCUGUAACAGAAGGACUGA